UCAGUAACAUAAUGUUGUGCUUCGCAACAGCACCUGAUGAAUCUAUAACUAGUGCAAUCACACUUAUUCCACCUGGAACAGAAGGAGAGUUCUUUAAAGUAAUUGCAGUGAGGGCAGUCCCAUAUGUCGAACAAAGCAAUGCGCUCUCAAACAGCGCUUCUGAAUCAUGAUUGAACUUGCAAUAGUGUG